GUUGAAGACUCCACGUUCUAAAGCUCGUGCCAUUUGGCAGCUUCUUCCAAUGCUUGCGUUUUGCUAUGCGGUUUCGAACUCUUCAGCAUACUCUUCAAUCUUCACAGUUCUCCACGCUGUCCGAAGCAGCUGUAUGUCACGUGCUCGUGCUGGCGCCUUCACAGGCCUGGAUAGACUUGGUGCAGACAAGGCGACGGCAGAUCCCAACCUCUGCCUUGGUGGAAUGCUGCGAUGAGCUCUCGCGUGCUCGCUGCCAUGACUUUGACCUGUGGAAAUCUCUCGGCGAGGAGCUAACAUGUCGACUCACUUCUGGCAGGCGCGCUCAAGCUCUUGCCAUGGCAGCUCCUACUGCAUUGGAAUCUGUGUCAGUCCUCACUUCUUUCGCCGGAGUCUUUUGCCGUCACCGUCGACUCCUUGAUGCUCUAGAGUCUCGGAGAGAUGCCGAAGGCUUGAGGUCUUUGCACACCAUGGAGCUCAAGCGUCUACUUGUGGCCUGUGGACAGUUGAAAGCUGCCGUUUCGUUGGGAGAGAUUGCAAUCGACUUCCUGAGCCACAGGGAGAUUGGCUCCUCCUUGGUGCUCUUGCAGACGGUGCACGCAGCAGUGCGGCUUUGUUUGUUCCCAGCGCGACAAAACAGGUUUUGGACCUCUCUUUGGACACCAUGCAUGCAUCAUGUGCUACACAGCGCUGGCAUGGGACGAGACCAGGUCACUGCCUUUGCUGCAGCAGUGGCUUUGCAGCAAUGGGAUUGUGCCAAGCGACUUGCCCUGGAGUUCAGCUGGACUCAAUGGGAGUGCUCCCGAGACCUUGCAGUUGGCCUCGGGAGCCUGGCUGUGCUUCUAGGUUUGCGCAGAGCUUCGGCAAGCUUGUUGCGGGUUGGCACAGAACUGCUUGCAGAGGCUUGUGCAGUCUUCUGCACAGAGAAGUGUUUACUUCCAACAUCUGAAGUUCGACAGCUGCUAAUGUUUGCUUUGGUCAACAUGCAUUUGUACAAAGGUUUUUUGCUGAAUCUUCCUGGCUUGUUGCACCUUCUCUUCAAGAUGGAGGAUAGCAUGCCACGAGCCACAGGCAGAAGCAAAUCCAGGCUGCAAGAACAAGUUGUGCAGGUCGUUCUGAUGGUUCUACACUCACAGGGAAGUCCUUUGGAUGCAUGGAUUGGAGGCAUUUCGGUCGAGGAGCCGUGCUUGGUGUAUGCUGUGGAUAUCUUCAUUGACAAAGGCACAGGUCCCUGAUACCGCUCACUUUCGGCCAUCAAGCAACAGCACAGAGCCACGGAGCCGGCGGUCGACCGGCGACCCGGUGGCGACCCAAUGAUGCGCUGCCAGCCGCCAGUCCCGUUCAAUGGCUACGGUUGAAACUCUGCACACCCAACAUUGAGGAGAUUGGUUCGAUGUAUUUCAAUAAUCAAUCUCUGAAAUUGGUUCGCAUUGUUCAUUUGAAGCGUCCGUAUUGGAGGCAGCAUUCGCUUGGCACCGCAGCAGUGAUUUUGAUAGACAGCACAAACCCUCCGACCAUUUUUAGAUGAGGAAUCAUCUUAAAGCACCUCCGAGGGUUUAUGCGGAAGGCUCACACUGCAUUUUCCAUGCUUUCGGUGAUUUGGCGGUGGGCGUUGGUUAGAUGUUUGAGUUUGGAAUCUAUGAAGUAGAAGCAACGCAGGAAGAAACGCAGAGUUCGAUGGCAACAGGUCAGGCUGCCUUGCUGUAGCGAGCUGAAACAAGCUUGUUGAGCUUGUCGGUGGAUGAGGCCAAACCUGAAGACCACCACAUGCCAGCCAGAGCGAUAGAGGAAUGGUUUGGAGGACAAAAGGAGUCCGAGACGUGCGGGCUUAUUGUGUUCUGACGGGCAAAAUAGCUGUAUGAUGCUGUAUGGUUUUGCAACUUUUUAGAUAGAAGGCCGGAAGACCUUUGAAUACUUUCUGAGUCCGAUGACAUCAUCACAGAACCUCAAGUGAGUGAGCAC